GUCCUUCCUUCCCCGCGACAGAGCAACGCGGCCCCCAACCAAACCUCCUGACCAGCAGAGCAAGAGAGAGGGAGGGAGAGAGAGAUCUCCCGAUGGCGUCCCGGAGCUGCACCUUCGUGGAGAUCCUGCUCGCCGUCAUCCUGCCGCCGCUCGGCGUCUUCCUCCGCUACGGCUGCUGUAGCAUGGAGUUCUUGAUCUGCCUGCUGCUCACCAUCCUGGGCUACAUCCCCGGCAUCAUCUACGCCGUCUACGUGCUCGUCGCGCAUGGCUCUGCCUCGGAGGAGAGCGGCAGGGACUACGACGCCCUUGCUUGAUAUCGUGUAGCACCUCAUGCCGUGCGAAUCAACGUCCUGUGUGUGUGUGUGUGUGUGUUUCCAUCUGCUGCACUGUGUGGCGUGCCUUCUUUCUAUAUCAGUCUGUAAAUGCUGCUUAAACCGUGCUCCGGUUUCCCCGGCCGUCCUGUGAUUCUCAUACAACCGAAUAAAUUUCAGCUCUGAAGAUUUUGCCCACUA